CGGCCCAACUUACAACAGUCGCGGAUCACCGCGAAGCCCACCACACAGCUAGGGUUCUCUCGGCGCCAUAAGAGCAUCUAUCUCUCCUUUCCUCUCACACCCGCCGCCGCCGCCGCCGCUCUCGCUCGCACCGUCGCAUCUCCGCAGGGUUCGCAAAGAUGGCGGUGCCGCUGCUGACGCAGAAGAUCGUGAAGAAGCGGGUCAAGCAGUUCAAGAGGCCCCACCUCGAUCGCUACAAGUGCCUCAAGCCAAGCUGGCGCAGGCCCAAGGGUAUCGACUCCCGUGUCAGGCGGAAGUUCAAGGGAUGCACCUUGAUGCCCAACAUUGGAUAUGGCUCUGACAAGAAGACCAGGCACUACCUGCCCAACAAGUUCAAGAAGUUUGUGGUGCACAAUGUCUCUGAGCUAGAGCUGCUUAUGAUGCACAACAGGACAUACUGUGCUGAAAUCGCACACAACGUGUCCACAAAGAAGCGCAAGGAGAUUGUGGAGCGGGCUGCUCAGCUUGACAUUGUCGUCACCAACAAGCUUGCCCGUCUUCGCAGUCAGGAGGAUGAGUAAACUGUUUCGGGUAGUAGUUUUGGAGUGGCUCGGCUGUAGGAGACUUUCUGUGCAUCAUGAAUCAGUUAUCCUUUCUGUUUGCUUCGUGUUUUGAGUAUCGUGAACCCACUUGCUAUCAGUGGCGACUUAACUGUGGCAAUGUUAUGAUUAUCACCUACCAUAUGAAUACAGCAGUUUUGAUAUCAAUUAUUGUUGGAUUGUUCAUGUCUA